CGCUCGAGUGAACUGCGAGUCAAAGAACCCGUUGUGGAUUUGAUUGGUUGAAGCUCGAAUAAAGCAUCUCGAAGUAUGAGCGACUACGGCAGCGGAGGAGGUAGGCUAGACCGUAAUGGUGCGGAUCAUGAGAAGGACGAAUUCGGUGGCGGUGGCGACCCUGACAAUCUUGGCGAUUCCAAAUCCCAGCGUGACUAUGAGAGGGAUUCCGUGAGAAGUAGAGAUAGGGAAAGGGUGCGUGACAAAGGUAGGGAUAGGGACAGAGACCGUGACAGGGAGAGGGAUAAGGAUAGGGAGAAAGAUAGAGAUAUUGAUCGACACCAUAGAGGAGGAGGGCGUGAUAGGAAUCGUCACAGAGAUGGCAAUGACAGGAGAGAAAGAGGCAGAGAUAGAGGCGAGGAUGAUAAUCACCGGAGCAGAGACUAUGACAGGCGAAGAGAAAAUGAUAGAGAGCGUGAAGAUAGGCCCAGGCUUCGUUCUAAGUCUCCUUCGAGAGGUAGAUCAAGGCAGAGAUCGAAAUCUCGUUCUCGGUCUCCCUCCAGUUCAGGAUCACGUUCCAAGAGCAAAAGGGUGAGUGGCUUUGAUUUGGCUCCUCCUGCAUCUGCAAUGGCUGCUGCUGUUGCUGCUGUCAAUGCUGCUACUACAGGCCAAAUUCCUGGAUCCGCUCCUCCCAUCCCAGGAAUGUUUCCAAACUUAUUUCCGACUCCUAAUGGACAGUUUGGUUCUCUGCCUGUCAUGCCAAUUCAAGCAAUGACUCAGCAGGCUACUAGGCAUGCUCGGCGGGUCUAUGUUGGAGGGCUUCCACCAUCAGCCAACGAACAGUCUGUAGCUACCUAUUUCAGUCAGGUCAUGGCAGCCAUUGGAGGAAACACUGCUGGCCCUGGGGAUGCUGUUGUAAAUGUCUAUAUAAAUCAUGAAAAGAAGUUUGCAUUUGUGGAGAUGAGAUCUGUUGAGGAGGCCAGUAAUGCCAUGGCUCUAGAUGGAAUUAUCUUUGAGGGUGCACCUGUCAAGGUACGUCGGCCUAGUGAUUAUAACCCCUCCCUGGCUGCAACACUUGGUCCUAGCCAACCCAGUGGUAACCUUAACCUUGCCGCGGUUGGAUUAAGUCCUGGCUCUUCGGGUGGGCUCGAGGGUCCAGAUCGAGUAUUUGUGGGCGGGCUACCGUAUUACUUCACAGAACCACAAAUCAGAGAAUUGUUGGAGUCUUUUGGGGCUCUUAGAGGUUUUGACCUAGUGAGAGACAGAGAAACAGGAAAUUCAAAAGGAUAUGCUUUUUGUGUGUAUCAAGAUGUUGCUGUUACAGAUGUAGCUUGUGCUGCUUUGAAUGGAAUUAAAAUGGGUGAUAAGACUCUCACUGUUAGGCGCGCCAACCAAGGCAGCAGCCAACCUAGACCUGAACAAGAAAGUGUACUACUACAUGCCCAGCAGCAGAUUGCAAUACAGAGGCUUAUGUUACAACCUCCAGCAACUAAAGUUGUAUGCCUAACUCAAGUGGUUACUGUGGACGAGCUCAGAGAUGAUGAUGAGUAUGAAGAGAUAAUGGAGGACAUGAGAACAGAAUCCAGUAAAUUUGGUACAUUGGUGAAUGUCGUCAUCCCUCGCCCACAACCGGAUGGUAGUGCUUCUCCAGGUGUUGGAAAGGUGUUCCUGGAGUACGCAGAUGUUGAUGGUGCAACAAACGCCCGAGCAGGUAUGAACGGGAGGAAAUUCGGCGGCAAUGAGGUGGUGGCUGUGUUUUAUCCAGAACACAAGUACAAUGCAGGAGAGUACGAUGGCUAA